CUCACCUCAACCAGCACAGCAUAGCAGAAGGGAAAAAAAAACCCUAAAAAUAAAGCACGCGAACAGAUACUCAAUUCCUCAUUUUCGAAAUAAAAUUGAAUGAUAGUAAAAGCAAAGACAGCAGCAACUGACCCGAAAGUGAUCAGAUUGCAGUAGAAUGGGAGCAAGUCGCAAGCUACAAGGCGAGAUCGAUCGCGUUCUCAAGAAAGUUCAAGAAGGAGUCGACGUUUUUGAUAGUAUCUGGAACAAGGUUUAUGAUACAGAUAAUGCGAAUCAAAAGGAGAAGUUUGAGGCAGACUUGAAGAAGGAAAUCAAGAAACUGCAGAGAUAUAGGGACCAAAUCAAGACAUGGAUUCAAUCCAGUGAGAUCAAGGAUAAGAAGGUUAGUGCAUCUUACGAGCAGGCUCUAGUGGAUGCUCGGAAGACUAUUGAGAAAGAAAUGGAAAGAUUUAAGAUAUGCGAGAAGGAAACAAAGACAAAAGCAUUUUCCAAAGAAGGUUUGGGCCAACAACCCAAAACUGAUCCAAAGGAGAAAGCUAAAUCAGAAACAAGGGAUUGGUUGAAUAAUGUGGUUGGGGAACUGGAAUCUCAGAUUGAUGCCUUUGAAGCUGAGAUUGAGGGGCUCACUGUCAAGAAAGGAAAGACAAGGCCACCCAGACUGACACAUUUAGAGGCAUCCAUCACACGGCAUAAACUUCAUAUAAAGAAAUUAGAGUUGAUCUUGAGGCUACUAGACAAUGAUGAAUUGAGUCCCGAGGAGGUUAAUGAUGUUAAAGACUUCCUGGAUGACUAUGUGGAACGUAAUCAGGAAGAUUUUGAUGAUUUUAGUGAUGUUGAUGAGCUGUACAACUCAUUACCAUUAGACAACUUGGAGUCUCUUGAAGACCUGGUUAUAAUUGGUCCUCCUGGUCUUGGGAAGGGUGCUCCUGCUCAAGUCUUGAAGACUUCUUUGGGAAUAACGGCUCCUCAGGCUCCCCAAACACCUGCCACUGUUGCAUCUCCGCCUCAUCAGAGUGUUGUUGGUCAAGAGCAAGCCAAUGAUACUGCUUCACUAGAUAGUAAUUCUCCUGCCAAAAGUGGUAUGGUUGGUUCUUCAGCUGCAUCAACACCAACUGGGAACCAUGCACCUAUUUCUGUGAAUGUUCAGGUUCAGACAUUGCCUAGUCUUUUAGCAGUUUCUCCCACUCUUCCUGGUUCAUCUUCUGUUCGAGGUGUCUUGGAAAAUGCUGCUUCUGCUAAUCCUUCUCAUGUAACCCUGACCAAUGCUGCCAAUUCUGCAAAGGAUGAAGAAAUUGGCUUCCCUGGCCAUAGAUCAUCAUCACCUUCUCUUGUUGAUACUGGACUAGCAAGGGGCAUUGGUAGAGGUGGCCUCUCUAGCCAGCCCUCAUCUAGUAUCUCCCUCAGUCCUGGUGUAAUUCCUAGUAAUGGAGCUCUUGGUUCAGUACCUUCAGCUUCUGACAUUGCAAAGAGAAAUGUUUUGGGAACUGACGAUAGACUUGGGAGUGGUGGAAUGGUGCAGCCCUCGGCUUCUCCACUAAGUAACCGAAUGAUCUUGCCUCAUGCUAGCAAGGCAAGUGAUGGAACUGGUGCGGUUGAUUCUAGCAUUGCUGGUGAUGCUGCUACUCUGAGUGGCAGAGUUUUCUCUCCUUUGGUCACUGGCAUGCAAUGGAGACCUGGGAGUUCCUUUCAAAAUCAGAAUGAACCGGGCCAAUUUCGUGCAAGAACUGAAAUAGCUCCUGAUCAGAGGGAGAAAUUCUUACAGCGUCUUCAGCAAGUCCAGCAACAAGGUCACAGUAACAUUCUUGGCAUGCCACCUCUUGCCGGUGGGAAUCAUAAGCAGUUUCCCACCCAACAAAACCCACUUUUGCAGCAGUUUAAUUCUCAGAGUUCAUCCAUCUCUCAAGGUAGUUUGGGAAUUGGAGUUCAGGCAGCAGCUUUCAAUACUGUUACAUCUGCUGCCUUACAGCAGCCUAAUUCCAUCAUCCAUCAGCAGGCUAGUCAGCAAGUUGUGAUGUCUAGCAGUGCGAAAGAUGCAGAGGCUGGCCAUCCGUCAGUUGAGGAGCAGCAGCUAAAGCAGAAUUUACCUGAGGAUUCAACCACUGAAUCUGCCCCUACAUCUGGGCAUGGCAAAAGUCUUGUAAAUGAGGACGAACUGACAGCUUCAUAUGCAAUGGAUACUUCUCUGCAGGCUGGAGCAUCUGGUUCCUUGACAGAGCCUGUACAAGUGCCAAGAGAUAUAGAUCUCUCUCCAGGGCAACCCCUACAAUCCAGUCAACCAUCUAGCAGCCUAGGUGUUAUUGGCCGGAGAAGCGUCUCCGACCUUGGUGCAAUUGGUGAUAAUAUCAAUGGUUCUGCUGUAAAUGUUGGGGCAAUCCAUAAUCAGUCAUACAAUUUUGAGAUGCUUGAUGCUGCAUAUCACAAGCUUCCUCAACCGAAAGACUCGGAACGAGCUAGGAGCUAUAUUCCGAGGCACCCUGCAGCAACACCCCCUAGCUAUCCUCAAGUUCAGGCACCAAUGGCAAGUAAUCCUGCAUUCUGGGAACGGUUAAGCAUGGAUAGUGUUGGCACUGACACCUUGUUCUUUGCUUUUUACUACCAACAGAAUACAUAUCAGCAAUAUCUGGCUGCAAAAGAACUGAAGAGGCAAUCUUGGAGAUACCACAGAAAAUACAACACCUGGUUUCAACGGCAUGAGGAGCCAAAAGUUACUACUGAUGAAUAUGAACAGGGGACAUAUGUGUAUUUUGAUUUCCAUGUUGGCAAUGACGAAAAACCAGGAUGGUGCCAAAGAAUCAAGACAGAGUUCACUUUUCAGUAUAACUAUCUUGAAGAUGAACUCAGUGUCUAGAAAAUGAGCAGUACUAGAAAAAUGUUGCCAUUUAACUCUCGAUGAUCGCCUGUGAAAUGACAGCUACUAGUUAAUACAAUUGAGUUUGGCUUCAACGAGGACUCUGAAUUUCGGGUAAUGCUCCGUUAACUGCAGUACACUGGUUAUUGGUUUCCAUGUUUUUCAUUUUUCAGGAAUUUGUAAUUGAAGCUCGAGGCAGGCAUGAUCUUUGCUUCUGAAGCAUAUUAAAUCAAAACCUAGCCUCCCUUCCUUUUCUUUUCUUUUUUCUUUUUAUCAUCUUUUCAAUGUAUAUGAUAAGAAUGUGUGGAGAAAUUUAUGAAAUUGAGCCUCUUGUUACUUCUGAUGCUUGGUUAAUGAGAAUCACUUCAUAAUGUGUUAUCUGUA